GCGCUCAAGAUAACUCUGUUUGUACAAAGCCAUGGCUCAAUGAGAAACUAAUUCAGAGUGGCUCGGACCGAGCCGAUCCCAAUGAAAACAGUGAUUCAGCACGGCAAUACAUCGCCAUCUUCUGGUAGGCCUAAGCGGUACAGUAUGUCGACGUCACAUUCGUGGGAGUCGUUUGAUGGCCUUGUUUCCACAUAGCGGUUACGGAUAUUAUCUCAUUGUAGGGUAGGCUAUUAUAGCGAGAAUGGCAACACUACGGUUCACCUGUGCAGUGAUUUUCAUAGCCAUAACAUCUGUGUCAGCUUACGUGGACGAGCUUGAUGAUACGUUUAAGGAGAUAAGAACGAAAGAAAUGUGGCUGGUGGAGUUCUAUGCUCCUUGGUGUACAUUCUGUAAGACGUUUGCCCCGGUGUGGUAUGAAGUAGGGGCUGAACUGAAAAGCAUGGGUUCUGAGGUGAACGUGGGCAUGAUGGACUGCACCAAAUACACUAGUACUUCAUCUGAAUUUGGAGUCCGUGGAUAUCCUACAAUUAAACUGUUUAAGGGUGAAAAAAUCUUCAAUUACAAUGGCCCUAGGCGGAAGGAUGAGAUAAUUGAAUUUGCCAUCAGAGUAUCAGGACCAGUUGUCCGGGCAAUUCCAAAUCAGCAGAUGUUUCAGCAUGUCAUGAGCCGCAAUGAUAUUCUCUUUGUGUACAUCGGAGGAGCAUCACUUCUGAAGGAAAAGUAUGUGAAAAUGGCCUCCCAGCUCAUUGUGUACCUAUCCUUUUACUCAGCCUUAGAGACUGUUUUGCCUAAGGCCGUGACACUUCCAGAAGUUCCAUCAGUUGUUGUAUUCAAAGAUGGAACAUUCUUCAUGUAUGAUGAAAAACAGCAUGGUGACCUUACCACAUGGGUGAACAGGGAGCGUUUUCCUACUUACACCAAGCUUGACUCUUACACACUGUAUGCAAUGGGAGAUUCAGGGAAACUUGUGGUGAUAGCUGUGGAAAAUGAGAAGAAUCCAUCUGAGGAAAGCAUUCGCCUCAAGGCUCUGAUUGAGACUGCUGCAACGGAAUAUAAAGAUCAUUUCAGCAGUAACUACCAGUUUGGUCACAUGGAAGAAAACAGCUACCUGAAUGGCCUAGUUCUGGAUGAAGUGAAGGCACCUUGCAUCAUAGUGCUAAACCUGUCCAAUGAUGGAUACUAUAUGCCUAAGUUGCCAGUGAAGACCAUAGAGGAUCUGGUUUUAUUCUUAAAUGGUAUCCUGGAUGGCAAGGUUAAGCAACUUGGAGGAAAUGGAAUUGUGCAACGCAUCAAAAGAACCGUGAAUGAUGCAAAGACAACCGUGAAAACCAUGUUUGAUGCUGCACCGGCCUCGACGUGUGCAGUUAUUAUUAUUCCUGUGGGAGUCGUUGGCAUGAUAAUAUAUGCCACAUGCACUGUUAAGCGCGUGGACGAUGAUGAAGACGAGGAGCCGCAGCAGACAGGGAAGAAGGCCAUCGCAGACAAAGAAAACAAGAGAAAGAAUUUGGCUUCUAAGAAGGAGGAUUAGCAAAUUGUCACUGGAGAGUAAUGUUGGGAUGCAAUGGCCAAAUACAACCAUGUGUAUUCAACAAAUCUACUUAAUCUAAACAAUUUGGUUGUUUUAUGUCAAUAAAAACAUUGGGGAUCUCA